UGUUUCUGUUGACUGAAAAUUUUGGUGGGACUGGAAGUCGUAUCAGAGUAGAAGGUGAACAUUUCCUUUUAGAGCCAUCGCGGGUCAAUUUUGAGUUGAAAAACCAUUCAUGGCUGGGAACCUCGGAUGCGUGAUCGUGGCCGUCGAUGGCAGCGAGGAGAGCAUGAACGCCUUGAGCUGGGCCCUCGACAACCUCAAGCUCCGAUCCCCUGCCCCCGAUUCCACCACCUCCGCAGGCCACUUCGUCGUCCUCCACGUCCAAUCUCCGCCGUCCAUCGCCGCCGGCCUCAGCCCCCCCGCCAUUCCCUUCGGUGGGCCCAGCGAUGUGGAGGUGCCUGCGUUCAACGCUGCGAUCGAGGCGCACCAGAGGCGAAUCACGGAGGCCAUAUUGGAAUACGCUUUGAGGAUUUGUUCCGAGAAGAAGGUGAAUGUGAAAACCCAAGUGGUUGUUGGGGAUCCGAAGGAGAAAAUUGGUGAAGCUGCUGAGAAUUUGCAUGCUGAUUUGCUUGUCAUGGGGUCCAGAGCUUUUGGUCCUCUAAAAAGGAUGUUUCUGGGAAGUGUAAGCAAUUAUUGCGCUAACCAUGUGCAAUGUCCAAUCAUCAUCAUCAAGGGAAAGGUGGCUUCCUGAUAAGAAAAGGGAUGUUCAGGCAUUGAAUACUUCAUACCAGCUGCUAAGAACCUAUUGCAGAGUGAUAAUUAUUAAAUUGUAGAAUCAGGAUGUAGUGCAAUUUGUUUAAAUACUUACCAACAUUUCUUUCAUCAAAUUGAUGAAGUUUCUUAAAUACCGUUCAGCAUUCUUUUUUUUUUGUACUGUUACUUUGUAGUAGUACCAAAGUUAUAUGGUCAUUUUGCGCUCCUUGUGGAACUACAAAGGACUAAUGCAGUAAUGUUGUGUGCUUUUCAUAGGCAGAAAUCGAUGCAUAUAGGUUGUAUUUCACUCUUAGAAGUUCCUAUCCCUCUCUUAGAACAUGUUUCCGGCCAGAGGUUACUUACCUGAUAUACAGAUGUUUCAUUCAUUAUGAACCAUAGUUGUGCUGUUUUUAUGCCAUACCUCACUUGUUACUUGACAUCCUUAUUUGUGAAAUUAUAUAUGGCUAGUUUUGUUUCGGUGGAA